UCAGGUUCUGCUUGGGAUGGUAGUAGAGUAGAGAAGGAGUUUAAAGCCAAUUCUGUUUUAGAGUCAGUCUCUGAACCAGAGCCACAGUUUCAUUCUGGGUCAAGAGCUGUAAAUCAGUCCAGGUUUGCAUUUGCAAGCAUCUCUAGGUCCCUUCCUUUGGAAGAUGAGCAAGUCUAUGAUAUGCAGACCAAUCUGGUGGAAGAUAGACUAGAGACAAGUCAGAGCAAAGUGGAUCUUUCCCAAUUGAACAAGGGCAUCCAGAGUAGAGGGAACACCACUAAUUUUUCUAGAGAUGAAUCGAACUUUAGUGUGAAUGUUUCUUUGGAAAGCAUCAACGGUAGCUCUAUAAAUACGGUAGAAACUUCUAGCAAUAGUUCUGGUUGGCAUGCUGAUCGCAAUAACUCGACGCAGUAUUCUCUGCCUGAAUACUCUGUCUCAAACAACUUACUAACCGCUGGAAGUAACCCUUCUUUCCAAGCUAGCUCAUCACCUGUCGUGGAAUCCCCACGCUGCCUGCCCGUCGAUUCCGACUUGCCCUUUUGCAGCAGGAUGGGAGUGGAGAGUUUUGCGGUGCCCAACUUCCUCAACCAGACCAGCGUAGAGGAAGUGGAGGUGCUGUUGCGGGAGUGGGCGUGGCUUAUUCGCUCAGGCUGCCACCACAGCACAGAGUGGUUCUUCUGCCUGCUGGUGGUACCCCAUUGUGGCCCUCCUGGCCUGCCCCCGCAGCUGCCCUGCCGCAGCUUCUGCGAGCUCCUGAUUGACAGCUGCUGGACGGCGCUGGGGGGUGGCGGACGCCUUCCUGUGGAGUGCAGCUCUCUCCCAGAGGAGAGCGACAACGGCUAUCAGUGUCUGUCAGUUAGUACCCAGAAAGAAAAUGUCGUGUCACUCCUGCAGCUGAUCGGCGAGCCUCGACCCAGUGGCAUCGUCAAGCUCUACGGAUCGGACACCCCCGGCUAUGCUUUCGAUUCGGAUUCCAACGUGGGUCAGCUGGCGCGAGCGCACCUGCCGAACCCUUUCUACCGUGACUUCUCCCUGCUCUUCAACCUGAUGCCCGUCAGCCCCAAAGCCGGCGUCAUCUUCUCCAUCACCGACUCCUCUCAGAAGAUCAUGUACGUGGGAGUGAAGCUGACGCAAGUGAAGGGGGAUAAGCAGGACAUCAAGCUCUUCUACACCGAGCCGGACUCUCAGACCUCCUACGAGGCGGCCAGCUUCAGCGUGCCCUCCAUGUUCAACACCUGGACCCGCUUCUCCAUCAGCGUGCAGGACGACCAGGUGUCCCUCUUUUUAAACUGCGACACCGAUCCCAUGGUGGUCCGCUUUGAGCGUUCCCCAGACGAGAUGGAGCUGGAAUCAGGAGCUGGACUUUUCAUUGGACAGGCCGGAGGAGCCGAUCCCGAUAAGUUUCAGGGUAUUAUUGGAGAUCUGAAGAUUGUUGGAAAUCCUAGAGCAGCGGAGCGGCACUGUGAAGAAGAGGAGGACGACUCUGAUGCAGCCUCUGGUGAUUAUGGAAGCGGAUAUGAAGACGCUCGCACCGUCUCGACCACACCUGCCUCUCUCAGGCCUAUUCCAGUGCCACCAGUUACCUACAAUGAUGUGAAAACUGUGAGGAAAGAGACAGAGACAGGUGCGACUGGAGCUCGUGGAGAGAAAGGAGACAAAGGAGACAAGGGAGACAAGGGAGACCGUGGACCUGAGGGUCCCAGGGGACCCAAGGGAGAUUCAGGAUCUGGAGCAGCAUCUGGAGGCCCUAAAGGAGACAAAGGCAGCGCAGGAGAGAAAGGAAUGAAGGGUGCAGCAGGCUUCGGCUAUCCUGGAUCAAAGGGUGACCAAGGACCUCCUGGUCCACCAGGCCCUCCCGGUCCUCCUGGACCUGGUGCUGAAGUGGUGGAGAGAGGGGAUGGGUCUGUAGUGCAGCGGGUUGCAGGACCCAAGGGACCACCAGGACCACAAGGACAACCGGGCCCAGCCGGCCCUGCUGGAGCGGACGGGGAGCCCGGUGACCCUGGCGAAGAUGGAAUUGCUGGGCCAGCUGGACCUCAAGGUUUCCCAGGAACCCCAGGAGACUCUGGAGCUAAAGGAGAAAAAGGUGAUAGGGGUGAAGGCCAGCCAGGACCGAGGGGACCACCCGGGCCUCCAGGACCUCCAGGACCCUCAUCUCGCGCAGACCGACCUACCUUUUUGGACAUGGAGAGCUCUGGAUUUGGUGAUCUGGAGAGUAUACGGGGAUUGCCUGGCCUUCCAGGCCCACCUGGACCACCUGGACCUCCUGGACCUUCAGGCCCUGCCAACACAGCAGUGUCCGGUGCCGCUGGCGCCUUUGGGCCUCCUGGUCCACCUGGACAGAACGGAGCUCCUGGAAGUCCAGGGGUUGCUGGACCACCGGGUGCUGACGGCAAACCAGGCCAGCCGGGCCCCAGAGGAGAGAAGGGGGAUGCUGGUGAGCUCGGCCUACCUGGUGCAGUGGGAGAAAAGGGUGCUCAGGGACCUGCUGGUCCUCAAGGAAGACCAGGCCAGGGUGGACUUGCUGGCCUUCCUGGACCGAUGGGACCUGUUGGACCCCCAGGACCUCCUGGGCCUCCAGGACCGAGCUUUCGUGUUGGCUUUGAUGAUAUGGAGGGCUCUGGUGUUGGUGUUUUCCAUAGCACACCUGGUGUCAGAGGACCAGAAGGAGUACAGGGUACCCCUGGAAUUCCAGGUCUGCCGGGCAAACCUGGUCUACCUGGAAUAAAAGGAGAGAAAGGUGAUGAGGGUCUUCAGGGAAGAGAUGGACGCCCUGGCCUGGACGGAUUUCCUGGACCACAGGGUCUGAAGGGUGAGCAUGGUGACAGAGGAGAGAGAGGAGAGCCAGGACGGGAUGGUAAUGGUCUUCCAGGCCCACCUGGACCUCCAGGACCUCCAGGACAGGUCAUCUAUCGCUCUUCUGAUGGUGGUUUACCUGGACCCCCUGGUCAAGCAGGAUUCCCAGGCCCAAUGGGACCAAAGGGUGAGAGAGGUGACCCUGGACCUUCAGGCUAUGGUUUCAAGGGAGAGAAAGGAGAACCUGGUGUGGUUAUUGGACCUGAUGGAAGCCCAUUUUAUCUUGGUGGAUUGUCAGGACAAAAGGGUGACCGAGGACCUGCUGGACCUGUGGGACCUACUGGGCCAUAUGGUCCUCCCGGUUUGAAGGGGGAGAUUGGAAUGCCAGGCAGGCCUGGUCGGCCAGGUGUGAACGGAUACAAAGGAGAGAAAGGAGAGCCAAGCUCAGGCACUGGAUACGGCUACCCUGGUCCACCCGGCCCCCCAGGGCCCCCUGGUCCCCCGGGUCCUUCCACAGCUCUGGACAGAUUUGGUAGAUACGAAGAUAACGGGAGGGUGUAUCCAGCUAUGAAAGGAGAGAAGGGAGACCGUGGAGCUCCUGGUGUCUCCGGACCAGCAGGCAACUAUGACAUUUACACGUUGAAGAAUGAGCUGAAGGGUGAACGUGGAGAGUCAGGUCUGAAAGGGGAAAAAGGUGAACCUGGUGGUUAUUAUGAUCCUCGUUUUGGAGCAGUGGGAGGACCAGCUGGAGCUCCUGGAAGCCCUGGACUACCUGGUCCUAAAGGAGAUUCUGUCAGAGGGCCUCCCGGUCCACAGGGCCCACCUGGGGCUCCUGGUAUUGGCUAUGAAGGACGCCAAGGAAACCCAGGGCCACCUGGACCUCCUGGACCACCUGGGUCACCCUCCUUACCUGGACCAUACAGACCCCCAGUCAGCAUUCCUGGUCCCCCUGGUCCUGCAGGUCCACCUGGCCCACCUGGCCCAAAUUCUGGGGUGAUGAUUCUGAGGUCAUAUGACACACUGCUCGCAACAGCACCCAAACAACCAGAGGGCACACUCAUCUACAUCAUAGAAAAGAGCGAUCUCUAUAUCCGAGUGCGGGAAGGCAUCAGACAAGUGAUGCUUGGAGAUUAUAACCCCUUCAACAGAGAUUUGGACAAUGAAGUGGCUGCUGUGCAGCCGCCCCCGGUGGUCCACUACUCCCAAGACCACUCUGCCAAUAACGGUGCAGAGCACUUCUCCCAUGGUGGAUCCGCCACCCAGCCCAUUGAGCCCCCGGCCCGCCAUCCAGCAGAGAGGCCUGAAACUCAUCCAGCCCCUCCUGACACUCGCUAUGACCCCCGCUACCCAGAUCCCAGAUACCCAGCCCAGCCUGACCCUCGCUACCCAGCCCAGCCUGACCCUCGCUACCCAGCCCAGCCCGACCCUCGCUACCCAGCCCAGCCCGACCCUCGCUACCCACCCCACACUGAUCAGAGGUACAGCCACGUCCAGCCGGACAGAUACCCCAUCACACCGGCCCGCAGACCCAGCCCACCCGUCGUCCAGCCUGAGGGCCACACGCACACAUCAGGACCAGGGCUGCACCUGAUCGCCCUGAACAGCCCUCAAGUGGGCAACAUGCGGGGCAUCCGCGGGGCCGACUUCCUGUGUUUCCAGCAGGCGCGGGCAGCAGGACUGAGGGGCACAUUCAGGGCCUUCCUGUCCUCCAAACUUCAGGAUCUCUACAGCAUCGUCCGCAAGUCUGACAGACACACACUGCCCAUCGUCAACCUGAAGGACCAAGUGCUGUUCAGCAGCUGGGAGUCUCUGUUUGGUGAUUCGGAGGGCAGGAUGAAGAACAAUGCCCCCAUCUACUCGUUUGAUGGCAGAGAUAUCCUCAGGGACAGUGCAUGGCCAGAGAAGAUGAUCUGGCACGGCUCUAACGGUAAGGGUCACCGCCAGACAGAUAACUACUGUGAGACAUGGCGGACGUCGGAUCACGCGGUGAUGGGUCUGGCCUCGUCCCUGCAGGCCGGACAGCUUCUCCAGCAGAUGCCCAGCAGCUGCUCUGGAUCGUACAUAGUGCUGUGUAUCGAGAACAGCUACAUCACACAAUCAAAGAAGUAAACAGCCCAUCUGUCACAGAGAGCGCUAGGCGACACUGCGUUCACUGUCCGUGUAGGACGUUUCAUUUCCUCUCCACAAAAAAAAAAAAAAAAAAACAAAUAUGAAAAUAGAAAAGACAUAAUAAUAAUAAUUAUAAUAAAAGACAGGAGCUAGGUCUGCUUGGCAGAGAAGCUGCCCGUUGUCCUCUGGUUUCUUCUGUAAUGCCAAAGAGACAGGCUGACCACGGUUGGCUGUGUCUCCGGGCAUUGGCACAUAUUUUUUAUUUUUUUGCAGUUGAACCAGAGAUGAGAGGCCAAUAGAGAGAGGCUGCGUUUUUAAUUGUAUCCAUAUAAAAAAAAGAUAAAUUGUAUAUGAAAUGUUGUUCGUUCACAUUGUUUUGUUUUGUUUUGUUUAUUUGUUUUUUUUAAUGAUUUUCUGUUCAUCAGUGUUUCUUUAUAAGAUGUCUUAAUUGGUAUAUUUAACCAGUUUUAGCUACUUUUAGUAUUUUUAUUUUUUUGUGCAACUUUGUUUUGUUUGUUACUUAUUACAGUUCUUUUCAUCCACGUUGGAUCCAAGCUGUUGGACGUUCAGGGGCGGAGAAAGCCUAAAAAUGGAAGAAGAAAAAAAAACAAAAAACUUAGAAUUUACAAAGAGAGUAAAUAUUUAUUUUGCAGUAAAAAUAACUACAUUAUGAAUUUGAAAAAAAAAAAAAGAUUUAGGUCACAUUUCUUGUUAGGCUAUUUUAGUUAGCACUUUUUUGUUGCAGCGUAUGGCUUGUAUAUAUACACAGAUGAAAGUGUGAAAUUAAAAUAGACUAAAAUACACUACAACCACUCUGAUGAGAACAAAAGAAUAUUUUGAUAUUUAGCCCCUAAAGGACUUUUGUACAAACCGAUACGUUGAGUUGAUACUGAGUUGAUAGCAUGGCUCAGCUGUGUGUGUGUGUGUGUGUGUGUAUGGGAUCAAAUGUGUGUGAAACGUGUCCGUCAGUGGGAAAUUCAUAUGGACGUUUUUCUCUGUCAUUAUCUUCAUGCUCAUUCCAGAUAGUUUUUCUACAGGAUAUUAAAGAGGAUACAAUUAUAUAAAAUCAGAAAAAACACAGAUAUUUGAUAAGUUUCUAAGUUUCAUUCAGAAAACAGUUUGUUACAGUUUAUUUCUGUUAAUGAAAAAUAGUAACCAGUUCUGAAACCCCGGUUAUUCACGGCUGGGUAGAGGAUAAGUUUAAGCUCAGUUUUGGUGCUGCUUUGUGUGAGAGUUAAGCUGGGGGGGUCAGAGGUGUACUUUUAGCGAGACACUUAAUCUUAGACCUGUAUUAAAUGUUGCUGGCUCUGUGCUAGAGGUGAUGAUUCAGUACGACCCUGUGCGACUCACAUCCUUCCUGUAACCUUUAUGUGCUCCACCGUUUUUACAAGGCACUGAAUAAAUGAUUUUUCUCCAUUCACAAAAAAUAA